AAAGUUUCCUCUCUCUCUCUCUCUCUCUCUCCACUUUCCCUCGCACCCAUUAAUUUUCUCGGAUUUUCUCUCUUCGUUGCUGCGCAAUUCGGAAGUUCACUCCCGGUUGGAUACACGAAUAGUUUGAUGAAGAAGAAGAAAUCGGAAUGGGUUUCUACUCUGCUUCACAGCAAGUUCUUUGAUUCCUGCGACGAUCACAGGGACCUUCGCAAGAGCGAGAAGAAUGUGUUCUGUAUCGACUGUAAUCUUUGCUUCUGUAAGCAUUGCAUCACUUCUUCUGCUCAUUGCCAUCACCGCUGGCUCCAAAUCUGCAAGUAUGUCUACCAUGAUGUUGCUCGGCUUCAAGACAUUCAAAAGUAUCUUGACUGUUCAAAAAUUCAGACUUAUAAAAUCAACGGGGAGAAGGCUGUUCAUUUAAAUCCCCGCCCUCUUCCCAAAGAUAACAAGACAUCGAAAUCUAAGAGUGGCUUGUCGUGCGAGGCUUGUGGAAGGCACAUUCAAGAUUAUCCCAAUCGCUUCUGCUCCAUCGCGUGCAAGGUCUCAGUGGACGAGGAGAUAUCGAAUACUGACAGCAACAAUAAGCCAAUGUCAGUCUCAGUCCCAGUACCAGAACUUGGUGGUUUGUCAUUGAAGGAGGAGUACUAUGAUCCCGAAUCAAAUACAAACGAAAAAGACUCGUCCUGCCUCUCAUUCAAGGACUCGUCUUUCUGCCUGAGUGAAUCAUCGGAAGAGAUUCAAGCGUGGAGAAGAUCGAUAUUGAAGCCGAAGAAGCAUCCACGCAAGAGAAAGGGCGUGCCUCGCAGGGCUCCUCUCCGCUAAUGAAGGAUUCAUUGAUGAAAAGUAGUGAUUUCCUCCUUGUUCUUGAAUUCUGUUCAUCUUUUCACAGCUUCUGGUUUAAGUUAAGGUACAAGCACAAUAAAUCCACAUGCAUAUAUGAUCAACGAAUAGAAAAUUGACAACCAAACGGCCCCCAUUUUUGGGUUUUAGUUGUUUUAGUUGGAAUAUGUCCCAUCUUUUCUGGGAAGAUGCCGAGUUCUUGUGGUUGUACAGAACAUGUGUGAUAGUGCUUUUUUCUUUUUGCUGCAACAUUUGGAAAUAUAUGGCUCGUGUUCAAAUCUGCUGUGCCUUUUCUUUUUCUUCAUCCCGUUUUUCCACCAUGAUCCAUGUUUGAGUAAUGAUAUUGGGCCCGGAAUCCGUUGGUUGAGCGGCGUGACAGAAUGACCAAAAUACUCUUUGAAUCGAUUGAGUUUAUUAGAUAAGCUUGACUUGGGGUGUUUUCUAAUGGGUUGAAUUCAAUUGAUACGAGAUAUUGUAGGGGUUGGCUUUGGCGUUGGCGUUGAUGCUUUUUGAACAUUGAAAAUAAUAAAGAGGGGGGUGUUUUCUUUUUGGGCAGAGUCGACGUGAAAGUAGAGGUUUUGUCUCAAUCUUUGUCGGAUGAGUGAUUGGGGGGUGGGGGGUUGAGGUUUUGUCCGUAUGGGGAUGGUGUUGGGCCCUUUAAUCCCACACAUUAUGGCAAUAAAUGCUUGAUUUAUGGUUGAAUGGCAGACAAAAUUAGGCUGCCAAAAGGGGUAGAUGGUCAGAAUCCGGCGCCCGACGAUGCCAUCUUUUGCCUGGCCUGCAUUCCGCACAUGGAUGACUAGACUAUUCCAUUUCACAUCAAUAUAUAAUGAGUUAUGCUAUUUGUACAGGUAAACCUUUAUUAAUUGGGCUACCGUAGAGAUAUAUUGCGAUA